ACCAACUCUCGCACAUAUCUAAGCAGUGCGUAUACAUAUGUAGUUGUGUGUGUGUGCAUGUGUCGCAUUAAAUGGUUUUUAUAAAAGCUGAAUAGAAGAUGACGACGCGACAAACUGAUAGCAACGGAAUGCUUGAACAAGAACCGACCAUGGAUGUGCGCAUCAACAUGCCUUGGGGCUAUGUGGUUGGCAGGUGGCACGGUAAUCGCCAGGUGCGUCCCAUACUUGCUCUUCAUGGCUGGCUAGACAACAUGGGCACAUGGAACGAACUGUUGCCACUGCUGCCCGAACACCUGGGCGUCCUUUGCAUCGAUAUGCCUGGACAUGGAUACUCAUCGAAAAUGCCCGAGGGUAUUGCCUAUCAUGCUGUCGACUACCUGUGCGUCAUACUGCGCAUCAUGGAGGAAUAUGGCUGGCAAAAGGUCUCGCUGAUGGCCCAUUCGAUGAGCGCCAUGUUGUGCUUCAUCUUCGCCUCGCUCUAUCCCAACCGCCUGGACAUGCUGAUCAGUAUUGACAUUGUUCGUACCCGCUACCGCCAACCCGCCUCACAAAUCGAUUACCUGCGCACCAACAUCGAGCGUUAUAUGGUGGAGGAUGAGCGCUUUGCCAAUGCCAAGCGCGCUGAACCGCCCUCCUAUACCUACGAGGAGCUGGAGCUGGUCCUAUAUGAGGGUUCGCAGCGUUCGGUUGCCCUCGAGAACUGCAAGCACAUACUUGAGCGCAAUAUAGCCAAGUCAACAAAGUAUCCGGACAAGUAUUAUUUCUCACGCGAUGGACGUUGCAAAUACUAUUUUGAGUUCCAUACGAGUCCGCCGUUUGCCGCCGAACUGGCCAAAACCAUACGGAAUGUUCCCUAUUGUGUCAUCAAGGGUUCGGAAUCGAAUUUCAUCGAUGAGGAGAGCCAAGAAGUCAUUGACAUAUUGCGAGAGAAUAAUCCGCAUUUCGAGCUGCACGUGGUGCCGGGCACACAUCAUGUUCAUUUGAAUAAUGCCACAGGCGUGGCUGAGGUUAUUAAUCCUUUCAUACAACGCCAUCGACCUCCAUUGCUCGAGUCGUGGACUGUGGAAGAGGACUUCGCAGCCGUUGUGGAGGAUGAAGAGAAUGUGAAGCGAAGAAAGAGAAAAAGUAACCUCUAGCUGUUGCACACAUCUCUGAGAUGACAGCAGCAGCGCUGUAUUGAUUUUAUCACUGCUUUUGUUUUAUUCAAAACAUCAUAGACUUAAAACUAACGCGUGAAUUAAUUAUGCUAGUCAUCAAUUAAGUAUGAACUAUGCAACGAAAUUGACACUUCUUCCUCCCUCUUUAGUGCUUUAAAUAUUCUCAAGCGUUUUCAAAUUGUGUAUAAUUUAUUUCUUUAAGCUUUUAGAUUGUGUGGAGGAACUUCUUAUUUUGGAAAAACCUACAAAUAUUGUCAGACAUUUUCUUUUCUUAUUUGUUUGAUGAUACAAGUAAGUUUGAAGCGCGCUUUUUGUAAUAAAAUUAUAUUUUGUGGAAA